AUGUGUGUGCAACUCAUAGAUGCGUUCAAGAAAACCUGGCAUUCGGCAGUCUAUUCAUUUUUCAAGCUUGAUGCUGUCACUGUCCAGUAUCACGAUGGCCGUCUAGUGCAUUUCUUCCCUUGCGGAGCACGCAAGUGCAAGUUAUCUGUCGGAGGUGUCCGCCGCUUCCAAGAUUCAAAAGAUAAGUCUUCGACUGCUAAUUUGAAGCACCAUGCCUUUGGCUGCUGGGGCAAAGAGGCAGUUGAGUUAGCAUUUAGUGGCGGAAAGGCACAGGCCUCGAGUGGGAAUGACACUUGA